AUGGGGCACUGGCCGUGCCGUGUCGCGUAUCCCCCGUGUUCCCGGAGGUGGUACUUACCGUACCGGACAUCGUACGUUUGGGAACAUGUGUCGUGGAGGUCUUAUGUUUGCUCCUACCAAGAAAUGGCGUCGCGGCAUAGGGCAGUGAAUGUUUCACAGAAACGCCAUGCUGUGGUUUUGCCUAUUGCAGCAGCUGUUGUGCCUUCACUCGUAAUUGCCUGUGGACAUCGUAUUGAGGAGGUUCUUGAGUUGCCUCUGGUUGUUUCUGAUUCUACUGAGGCGCUGGAGAAAACAAACGCUACUAUUAAAGUCCUUAAGCAAAUUGGAGCUUAUCCCGAUGCUAAGAAGGCUAAGGAUAGUCUUGGCAUUCGUGCUGGAAAGGGUAAAAUGUGCAACCGCCGCUACAUUUCCAGGAAAGGCCCUCUGAUUGUGUACGAUACUGAGGGUGCAAAGCUACUGAAGGCAUUCCGUAACAUCACUGGUGUUGAGGUUGCUCAUGUAUCCCAACUUAAUCUUCUUAAAUUGGCUCCUGGAGGUCAUCUUGGGAGGUUCAUCAUCUGGACCAAGUCCGCUUUUGAGAAAUUGGACGAGAUUUAUGGAACUUUCGACAAACCAUCUGAGAAGAAGAAUGGAUACGUGUUGCCGAGGGCCAAGAUGGUAAAUGCUGAUCUGGCUAGGAUCAUUAACUCUGAUGAAGUGCAGUCUAUCGUGAAGCCAAUCAAGAAGGAGAUCAAGAUGGCUCCAUUGAAGAAGAACUCGCUGAAGACCCUGAAUGUCAUGCUGAAGCUUAACCCAUAUGCUAAGGCUGCAAGCAGGAUGACACUCUUGGCUGAAGCACAGCGUGUUAAGGCUAAGCAGGAGAAGCUUGACAAGAAGAGAAAGCAAAUCACCAAGGAAGAGGCUUCUGCAAUUAAAGCCCCGAGUAAGUCAUGGUACAAGACUAUGAUCUCAGAUAGCGAUUACACAGAAUUUGAGAACUUCUCAAAGUGGGUGGGCAUCUCCCAGUGA